GUUAACUGAACAUCAGUGAUAUAACUCCUUCCGGGGACCUCAGUGUUGCUUUACUGUAUUAAAAGGGAAAAACAAAGAACAUUGUGGAUCCUUAAAAUUACAAAAUGUGUAAAGGACUUGCAACACUUCCUGCAACAUGCCUAAAAAGUGCCAAAGACAUCAAACACAAAAUAAACUUCAUGCUCCAGAGGCAAGAGUCACAAGAAAAGGAGCAGAAGCAGAGAGAAGAAAAGAAUGAAUAUGCUGCUAAAAGGAUGCCAACUCCUGCUGAGGUGGAGAAAUGGAAAGAAUCAUUCAGCUCUCUAAUGAACUGUGAAAUUGGUCGAAGUGUGUUUACCAGCUUUCUGAGUUCGGAGUUCAGUCAAGAGAACAUGGACUUCUGGAUUGCUUGUGAGGACUUCAAGAAUACUGCGACUUGUAAGCUGGAGAAGAAGGCAAAGCUCAUCUACCAACAAUAUGUGGCAAUAGACUCUCCAAACGAGGUUAACCUCGAUGCUGUGACCAAAAAAGAAACUAUGCAAAAUAUUCUGAGCGUCUCGCGCUCCUGUUUUGACGAAGCUCAAAAAAGGAUUUACCUUUUGAUGGAGAAAGACUCUUACAGACGUUUCCUAAACUCCAAGCUGAUCUACGAUUUGUCUCAGGUCCACCCUGCUGUUGUACUGAAGCAACAAAAAAGUAGCUGCAACACCACUGAUAUAAAGCAGGAACGAGUUGACGGUGCCUAGACUGGAAGGAAAAACCCAAAGAACAUUUUAACGAUUGAGAUGAUUUUAAAAUUCAAAAAUUGCAUGCUGUGUGACGUUUUUCAUUCAUUACAAAACAUAAUUACGGUGGUCGAGAGGUGUCAGGUGAAAUGCGAAGUCUAAACACAUUGCAAAUAGAAAAAAAGCCGAACCCCAAUUGCAAAUGCU